CGGGGCUGGUGGAAUGAGAGACCCCCUUCUCGGCCUCGGCCUUCCCGCACAUUUGUGCACCUCCUCCUCCUCCUCCUCUUUUGUAAUGUGCUCAUCCUGCAUCUCUUCGUAGUGGUGUUUUCUUACUGUUGGGAAAUUAUUUGUGUUUUUUGGUUCCGUUUUUGUCUGUGGAGGCCGUAUGAGGAACUCGGGUUUUUCCUGAGACUAAGAAGCGAUUAGUUUCGCUCCAAUGCGAAGGCCUCGCUAGCUUAAUUUGGAAUUUUUCAUAAGUGUGCAUAAUGUUACGCAGUCAGCAUGCCGAAAUCGUGAACGUGGUUUUGAGGACUGUGUGAUUGCAACCUAACGAUCGUCAUCCUUCAGUAUGGACGAGGGGGACGAUCUGUAUGGCGAUCUCGACGAGGGUGUCGGCGUCAUGCCAUCACUUAAGGCACCCUUCCAACCCCUCCAAGCGCUGCAGUAUGAUACUCGUGAAGAGGUGUUCAGAAAGAAAGAAAUAGAGCUUACCAGCAAGGUGGAGUCGUUGAAAAAUGAGGUUGAGGCGUUGCAGCAGGACAAGGCUGUUCUGAUUCGCAACAUUUCAUGUUUGUUCAAGGUUGUCUACCUGCUCUGACAGCACAAAUGGAGUUGGCCAGGAAAGACAAACAAAUGAAAGAGCUACGGGAAGAGAAUCUGCGUUUCAAGCUCGGUGGCGCACGUGGGCCUGCUAACGUCAGGGCUGUCUUGACCAGGGCAGGAGAUAAAACUAAUGGGCAAUCAAAGUUGUCUAUUGACCAAAUUCCUCACAAUUCUCGCAUCACCGGAAGCUCUGAUGAAGAUAGGCGGUUGCAUGAUUCAGCUGGUGGUGCAAUUGAUCGGGUGGCUCAGGUAGCUUUGUCAAUCCAAUCUGCCAAAACAGGACAGAGGUCCACACCAGAAGGUUCAAUGGUGGAUGGUGCUCUUGAGCUGUCUGUUGAGAUGGACAGUAAUGUACCAAGUAACAUUAGAAAAAAACCAGACUCGUUGGGAAGUCAAAGUAUAGUCGAAAAUGCUGGUUCCGAUGGGUACAGAGUGAUCUCGGAUGAAAGAAAGAAACAGCGUAGGAGCCCCAGCAGAGGUAACCAUCAUAGAGACACCAACCUCGCUGAUGGUGGUGAUCAACAUUCAAAAGGCUAUUUUUGCAAUGAUAAAGAUGAUCGCAGUCGCAGUGACCGACAAAGAAGAGAUGGAAGGCGAAAUGGAGAUGAUGGACGAAGUAGGCAUAGGAGUCCAGACAGAAAUUGGGACGGUAGCAGGAGUGCAACUGCAGACAGGGACCAUCGAAGAAUUGAUAAUUAUCUCAGAAACUCGAAUAAAAGGAAGAGGCAUAGGAGUUCGAGUAGGGAGAGGGAGCGCAGGCUUAAGGAUCGAGAGAGCUCGAGAGCAGCCAAGACUCUUAGUACUAAUGACUCUGAGUUUUCCAGAGAGAGAGAGAGAGAGAGAGACUAUUCAAAUAGACAUCAAAUGUGAUUGAAUGUGCUUUCAACAACUCUGAUUUAUCUAAAUAUACAGGGUUAAAAUAUUACUAAAAUAUUUUGGAA